AUGACCUUCGGGCGCAGCGGGGCGGCCUCGGUGGUGCUGAACGUGGGCGGCGCCCGGUACUCGCUGUCCCGGGAGCUGCUGAAGGACUUCCCGCUGCGCCGCGUGAGCCGGCUGCACGGCUGCCGCUCGGAGCGCGACGUGCUCGAGGUGUGCGACGACUACGACCGCGAGCGCAACGAGUACUUCUUCGACCGGCACUCGGAGGCUUUCGGCUUCAUCCUGCUGUACGUGCGCGGCCACGGCAAGCUGCGCUUCGCGCCGCGGAUGUGCGAGCUCUCCUUCUACAACGAGAUGAUCUACUGGGGCCUGGAGGGCGCGCACCUCGAGUACUGCUGCCAGCGCCGCCUAGACGACCGCAUGUCCGACACCUACACCUUCUACUCGGCCGACGAGCCGGGCGCGCUGGGCCGCGACGAGGCGCGACCGGGCGGUGGCGAGGCGGCCCCCUCCAGGCGCUGGCUCGAGCGCAUGCGGCGGACCUUCGAGGAGCCGACGUCGUCGCUGGCCGCGCAGAUCCUGGCCAGCGUGUCGGUCGUGUUCGUGAUCGUGUCCAUGGUGGUGCUGUGCGCCAGCACCCUGCCCGACUGGCGCGCCGCGGCGGCCGACAACCGCAGCCUGGAUGACCGGAGCAGGUACUCCGCCGGCCCUGGGAGGGAGCCCUCCGGGAUCAUUGAAGCUAUCUGCAUAGGUUGGUUCACUGCAGAGUGCAUCGUGAGGUUCAUCGUCUCCAAAAACAAGUGUGAGUUUGUCAAGAGACCCCUGAACAUCAUUGAUUUACUGGCAAUCACACCGUAUUACAUCUCCGUGUUAAUGACAGUAUUUACGGGCGAGAACUCUCAACUCCAGAGGGCUGGAGUCACCUUGAGGGUGCUUAGAAUGAUGAGGAUUUUUUGGGUGAUUAAACUUGCCCGUCACUUCAUUGGUCUCCAGACACUUGGUUUGACUCUCAAACGAUGUUACCGAGAGAUGGUUAUGUUACUCGUCUUCAUUUGUGUUGCCAUGGCAAUCUUUAGUGCACUUUCCCAGCUUCUUGAACAUGGGUUGGACCUGGAAACAUCCAACAAGGACUUCGCCAGCAUCCCUGCUGCCUGCUGGUGGGUGAUUAUCUCUAUGACUACAGUUGGCUAUGGAGAUAUGUAUCCUAUCACCAUGCCUGGAAGAAUUCUUGGAGGAGUUUGUGUUGUCAGUGGGAUUGUUCUAUUGGCAUUACCUAUCACUUUUAUCUACCAUAGCUUUGUGCAGUGUUAUCAUGAGCUCAAGUUUAGAUCAGCCAGAUAUAGUAGAAGCCUCUCUGCUGAGUUCUUAAAUUAACGCAUUGCAAAUCGAUUCUUGCAUACACUUCAUUUGAUAGAAAGAAUUGAUGCUACUUCCUAUUCAUCAUGCAUUUCUUGCUGGGUGAGCACUGCAGUGGUACUGUCAUCAUGUUGGUAGGGUAAAAAUUAUCCUUCCCAGCUGAAGGGAUAAAAAAAUUUAUUUAUAAUGGAGUAAAUAGGAUUGAGGCUUCAAAGGAAAAGUAAUAACUCCUAGAAUAAAUUUUAGCAUCUUAUUUUAUUUAGGCUUGUCUCCGCCUUGAACAAUUACACUUUCUGUGUUUGUUUUAAAGUAUAUUAUUUGAACAUUUUGAAACUGAAAGGUACUAUUUUCCAAAUGUUUUUCCAUUUUAUGAAUUCAGAAGAAGCUUGGAAGUUGCAGUGUUUUUUGUUGGAGAGUAACAUUUUCAUUUCUAAAUGUUUUAUAAUCUCUCAUAUCAAUGUCAGAAGUAUCCUGGAAACAUAUGUCACAUGCAGGAACUGUUUAACAAAUACUUUAAGAAUUUGGCCAAAUUUUAAACUGUAUAAUGGAGCUAGAUGCAAGCAAGGGUAGUAUUUGAACAACUUUUCAGCAUAUUUCUCAAUUCCCUGAUUUAUUUUUGUUUCAAUUAUUCACCUUAGCAUAUACAGCUUCAUGGAAACUUGAGCAUGUUUCCUUUUUUCCAUUUUGGAUUUCUUUUAUCUAUUUACUGAAAUGACUCAACAGGGUAUUUCAGAACAAGGAGAGCUUUUAUUGUGUAGCAUUUUAUUGGAGUUCAUUUUACUUGAAUCCACUGCUGUUACUAGGUGAUAAUUGUCCUAACAUUCAGAUGUCCAAACAAGAAUAUUUCCAACAUAAAAACGAUAAUAGAAAGUUUGAUACUACAACCCAUAUUUAUCUUCUUCUCUUAAUUUUUUUCCGUGGGUUUAAUAAGACUUUCUGGUUGAAAGGAUGUUUGUGUAGCCUUUUUAUACCAAAGUCAUACUUAGAUGUUGUCACUGGAUUAUCAUAAAAAGAGAAAUUAAAUAUUUCCUUACUCUUGGUUGCUAUGUAGCUAAGCCAAUUUUUAAGCCAGCUAAAAACAAUGAAUACAUAAUUAUUUGAUCUGAGUUUCACCAUUUUGAAUUGUAGCUACACCAAAACUUUUGUACAAUUUUGAACAAUAUGCCACAUUAAUAUGGGUAGAUUAUUAGGACUAGAAAAUAUAAAACUGAUGACUAUUUAAUGCUAAGUUUUAGCAGUAUGAAUUAAGAUUUUGCUUUGUUAACCAGUUGCCAUAAAGAGGUCAAUAUAUAAACAGAAAAAUUAAAGUCAUAGAUUCACAAAUACUUUAACGUUGUACACUAUAGUUUAUGGGAGUGGAGAAGGCGGGUGGAGAGGGAAUAGGACCUGGAUGUAUUUAUCAAAGAAUAGAAAUGUUCAUUAGAAGAGUAUUAGCCAUCAUCUAGUUCGGACCUCAAUUAGUACAGGUAGUAUAAGUAUGUCUGUGGAGGACUUCGGGCCGAAACCUGGAUAUCUAGAAAUCUACCUACCUAGUACAGCAGCUUACUAUUAUUUUUUAAAGAUUUAUGUAGUUUAGAAAAAGAUUUAUGUAUUUAUUCGAGAGAGAAAGAGAGCGCAUGCACACGUGUGCAUGAGUGGGUGGGGGAGGGGCCAAAGGAGAGGGAGAGAGAGAGAGAGAAUCUUAAGCAGACUCUGAGCUGAGCCUGGAGCCUCUCACAACCUGAGCCCUGAUCAGGACCUGAGCUGAAACCAAGAGUCAGAAGCUUAAUGGACUCAGCUAUCCAGGUGCCCACCCAGCAGCUUAUUCUUAACACAUGUCUGGGGUUUGAGAAAAAGGCUCGAGAAACCAUACUUUUUUGCCAUUGCCAUUGCAAUAAUAGCAAGACUGUCCCUUUUCCUUAAAUUCUGAAUUUAUGUAAUAUUUUGGCCAUUAAAAGAAUCUCACCUAUCUUUUUUACUCCUGCACACCAGUAUGCUACUUAUAUACUCAAAAUAAAUUGUUAUUUAUUGUAUAUUUAUUGUAUUUUACUAUAUUUGAAAUAAAUGGCAUGGAUUUAUUUUUUCCUACCUGUUUUGUUUAAGGCUUUGUGAUUCAUGCAAAUAAGAUGCAGAUGUUAGCAUCCCCAUAUUAUUAAUAAAAAUAUGAUAACCAUCCAUUCUGCUGGCAUUGGGAAGGCUUCAUGGGAAUAUGUCUUAUGUCCCCAAAUAGUUUCUAACUAUCUUGAGGGCUGAGAUCCACUUUUCUUGCACACACCUUCAUAUCUGUGACAAUAUCUGUGACAUAUUUGGGCACAGGCUAUUGUUGACUGAUUCAGGAGAAGAAAUUUCUGUGUGAAGAGGCAAGGAGAAGCACACAGCCAAAUGUGUACCUGUGGAGCUACGCACGUGAACACACACACAGACUUUGAGGCUGCCCUUAAUAACA